CGGAUGACGGACGCGAGCCUGGUCUGGCUCCUGGGCCUGGCCCUCCGGCUGGCCCUGACCUCCUCCCAAAAGACGCCGGAGGUGGGCGGCGCCAAGCACCCCAUGGUCACCACCAACUACGGCAAGCUGCGGGGCAUCCGCAAGGACCUGAACAACGAGAUCCUGGGCCCCGUGGAGCAGUACCUGGGCGUGCCCUACGCCACCCCGCCCAUGGGCGACCGGCGGUUCCAGCCCCCGGAGGCCCCCGGGUCCUGGCAGGAGGUGCGGAACGCCACGCAGUUCGCCCCCGUCUGCCCGCAGAACGUCCACGGCGUGCUGCCCGAGAUCAUGCUCCCCGUCUGGUUCACCGACAACCUGUACAUCGCAGCCGGCUACAUCCAGAACCAGAGCGAGGACUGCCUCUACCUGAACGUCUACGUGCCCACGGAGGACGGUCCGCUCACAAAAAAACACGAUGAAUCUUCGAUGAACAGACCGAGAGACGAAGAUAUCCGUGACCGGCGGAAGAAGCCGGUCAUGCUGUUCAUUCACGGCGGCUCCUACAUGGAAGGCACCGGAAACAUGUUCGACGCCAGCGUGCUGGCCGCCUACGGCAACGUCAUCGUGGUCACCAUGAACUACCGGCUGGGCGUGCUCGGUUUUCUCAGCACGGGGGACCAGUCAGCCAAGGGGAACUACGGCCUGCUGGACCAGAUCCAGGCCCUGCGCUGGCUCAACGAGAACAUCGGCCAUUUCGGGGGCGACCCGGAGAGGAUCACCAUCUUCGGCUCGGGGGCGGGGGCCUCCUGCGUCAACCUCCUCAUCCUGUCCCAUCAUUCCGAGGGCCUGUUCCAGAGGGCCAUCGCCCAGAGCGGCUCCGCCAUCUCCAGCUGGUCCGUCAACUACCAGCCCCUGAAGUACACGCAGAUUCUGGCCCGCAAGGUGGGCUGCAGCUUCAGCGAGACGGUGGACCUGGUGGAGUGCCUCCGGAGGAAGAACUUCCGUGAGCUGGUGGACCAGGACAUCCAGCCCGCCCGGUACCACAUCGCCUUCGGGCCCGUGGUGGACGGCGACGUGGUCCCGGACGACCCGGAGAUCCUCAUGCAGCAGGGGGAGUUCCUGAACUACGACAUCCUGAUUGGCGUGAAUCAGGGGGAGGGGCUGAAGUUUGUGGACGACAGCGGUUCGGAGAGCGAGGAAGGGAUAUCCGCGGCCGCGUUCGACUACACCAUCUCCAACUUCGUGGACAACCUCUACGGCUACCCUGAAGGAAAGGACAUCCUCCGGGAGACCAUCAAGUUCAUGUACACGGACUGGGCGGACCGCGACAACGGGGAGAUGAGGCGGAAGACCCUGCUGGCGCUCUUCACGGACCACCAGUGGGUGGCGCCGGCGGUGGCCACGGCCAAGCUGCACGCCGAGUUCCAGUCGCCCGUGUACUUCUACACCUUCUACCACCACUGCCAGACGGAGACGCGGCCCGAGUGGGCGGACGCGGCACACGGGGACGAGAUCCCCUACGUCUUCGGCAUCCCCAUGGUGGGCGCCACCGACCUCUUCCCCUGCAACUUCUCCAAGAACGACGUCAUGCUCAGCGCCGUGGUCAUGACCUACUGGACCAACUUCGCCAAGACCGGGGACCCAAACCUGCCGGUCCCACAGGACACCAAGUUCAUCCACACCAAGCCCAACCGCUUCGAGGAGGUCAUCUGGACCAAGUUCAACUCCAAGGACAAGCAGUACCUGCACAUCGGGCUGAAGCCCCGGGUUCGAGAUAACUACCGCGCCAACAAGGUGGCCUUCUGGCUGGAGCUGGUGCCGCACCUCCACAGCCUCCACGAGGAGUACCUGAGCUCCACCACCACCCGCCUGCCCGCCCCGGACACCCCGCGCCCGCCCCCCUGGAAGGGCCCGGGCCCGCGACCCACCCGCCACCCCAUGCCCACCUUCCCCCCGGACCCCGACCCCGAGGGCUCCGACCGGCCGGCCAUCCUGCACUUCCCGGGCAACACGCGGGACUACUCGACGGAGCUGAGUGUGACGGUGGCGGUGGGCGCCUCCCUCCUCUUCCUCAACAUCCUGGCCUUCGCCGCGCUCUACUACAAGCGGGACAAGCGGCACGAGCUCCGGCGCCGGCUCUCGCCCCAGCGCAGCCCGGCCAACGACCUGGCGCACAGCCAGGAGGAGGAGCUGAUGUCGCUGCAGAUGAAGCACUCGGAGCACGACGCGCACCACGACAUGGAGCCCCUGCGUCCGCACGAGAUCCUGCGGCCCGCCUGCCCGCCCGACUACACGCUGGCCCUGCGCCGGGCCCCCGACGACGUGCCGCUCAUGACCCCCAACACCAUCACCAUGAUCCCCAGCACCAUCACCGGCAUGCAGCCCCUCCACGCCUUCAACACCUACCCCGCCCCCACCCCCGGCCACAACAACACCCUGCCCCACCCCCACUCCACCACCCGCGUAUAG